GUCCACUUGUGGGAGCACUUCACACAACCAGGUUCCAGUGUGCUGGAGAGGACUUGUGGUACCAGCAACCCAGCUGCUCUGGGGGUGACUGAGCUUGUGGUGCAAGAAAUCAGCAGUGGCAAGAUUCGAAACAGACACACCGGUCAACAUGAGCAUGGCAGGCAGAGUUAUUAAAUGCAAGGCAGCAGUGCUGUGGGAAGCCAAUAAACCAUUCAGUAUUGAGGAAGUGGAAGUUGCCCCACCAAAAGAACAUGAAGUUCGCGUAAAGAUCAUGGCCACUGGGAUCUGCCGCUCUGAUGACCAUGCGGUAACUGGUGCAAUGGUUAUGCCUUUUCCAAUAAUUCUUGGGCAUGAAGCAGCUGGUGUUGUGGAGAGUGUUGGGCAGGGAGUGACUGCAGUCAAGCCAGGAGACAAGGUUAUUCCACUCUUUGUUCCACAGUGUGGGGAGUGCCAGAACUGCUUAAACACCAAGGGUAACCUGUGCAGUAAAACUGACCUUGGUACAAGUCCUGGACUAAUGCCUGAUGGCACCACCAGAUUCACCUGUAAAGGAAAAGCAAUUUACCAUUUUCUUCGUACAAGUACCUUCACUGAAUAUACAGUGCUGCAUGAAUCUGCUGUGGCCAAAAUCGAUUCUGCUGCUCCUCUGGAAAAAGUUUGUCUAAUUGGCUGUGGAUUUUCAACUGGUUACGGGGCUGCUCUGCAGACUGCCAAGGUGGAACCAGGCUCCACCUGUGCCGUUUUUGGCCUUGGAGGAGUUGGCCUCUCUGUUAUCAUGGGCUGCAAGGUGGCUGGAGCUUCCCGCAUCAUUGCCGUGGACAUCAACAAGGACAAGUUUGCCAAGGCCAAGGAGCUGGGAGCCACCGACUGCAUCAACCCUAAAGAUUUCAAUAAGCCCGUCCAUGAAGUGUUGACGGAAAUGACCGGCGGGGGUGUGGACUACUCCUUUGAGGUCAUCGGCCGUACAGAUACCAUGACUGCAGCCUUGGCCUGUUGUCAGUCCAACUAUGGAGUCAGUGUGAUUGUGGGAGUGCCCCCUGCAGCACAAAAGAUCACCUUUGAUCCCAUGCUCCUCUUCACUGGUCGCAGCUGGAAAGGCUCUGUCUUUGGAGGGUGGAAGAGUAAAGAUGCAGUUCCCAAACUGGUUGCUGACUACAUGAAGAAAAAGUUUGUUCUGGAUCCAUUAAUAACCCACACACUACCUUUCACAAAGAUCAAUGAAGGAUUUGAUCUUCUAAGGACAGGAAAGAGCAUCCGCAGUGUCCUGACAUUUUAGGAUUUCCAGACAUUAAGCAGCAGAUGGCUCAGCACCAGUAUGAACUUCACCAUCCUCCAAUACAACUUACAUGAAAUUCAAACCAAGGCUUUCCUGAAAGAUCUACCACUACCCUUGAAUAAAAGAACCAAGCUCAAACCCCAUACUUCAAGCACAGAAUUUAUAAAUUAAACCAUUUAUUUCCUUCUA